GGCACUUCCGUUCCGCUCUUGUGCGUCUGAAGGCUGCACAACUGUUGCAUGGAUUAGUUUCUUCUAGCACCAAGACAUGUAAACAUAUCUGUAGUUAGUAUGGGGGGACGUGCGCAGACACGAGAGGGUCAGAUGCGAGGAAAUCCCGACACUUUCUUCUUCGGUUUGGUUGAAUUUUGCGUCGAUUCAGUCACCACCUGUUUCUCUCAUGACGCAGACAAACUUUGCGUCCCCAUCGGUCUCUGCUGUCUGUCUGCGCUGCUUUUACUGCUGUCAUGCUUCCUGCUCGUGUAUCAGAGGUGCACAUUUCGGGGAGGAAAUCCGAGAGAAACCAUCACUUUCCUCUACAGCCUCCUCGGUAACCUGUGCAGCACAACUGGAGCCAUUCUGUCCGGACAGCUGCAUAUUCAGGUUCUGAUGGGAGCUUUUGCUGCUGCUUUGGAUGCUGUCAGUUUUAUUUCUGUGCUGCUGUGCUGGAACUCAAAGGCAGAAAAGAGGCUGAGGGUGAUCUGGGGGCGGAGGAGGCAGCACCUCCUUGCAGUGUGUGUACUGAUGGUGGUUGCAGGAGGUUUUCUGAAGUCCAGGGUGGCCCAGAGUCCAGAGGACGGCCCUCUCAGCAGGAGGAGACUGCUGCAAGCCACCUUUCAAGAAAACACUGAAAUCCUGGGUUACAUCCUUGGCCUGCUGUCCUUUGUUAUCGCCUGCACCUGCAGGUUUCCUGCACUCUGCAGAGCUCACAGAGGACAGAUGUUGCCCCGGGCCUACGUGUUCUCUGGACUGCUGUGCUCUCUGGCCGGUGCCCUCUACGCUGCUGCCAUACUCCUCUAUGAUACUCACUUCACGUUUCUUCUAAGAGCCAUGCCGUGGCUGCUGUCAGCAAUAUGCUGUGUCACCCUGGACCUGUUUAUUGUUGUCAUCCAUUGUUUGAAGAGAGGAACCAGACAGCAGCUUACCAGAUUUUCUCUGGACACACAGAGCCUUUUAGGUGACUCGGGCAUUUCCACUGAGGAUAAUGCUGCCAUGAAGAAACAGAGAGAACAGCAAGUUCGUUCUUCAGCGGGGACAAAAGCAAAAAAUGUCCAGAAGAUGACUGAGAUGGGCCGUUAUAUGGAUGUCAGUGUUCAACCUGCAGGAAAGAUAUGCCUUAAGGAGGUAAAGUUGUCCAAGGAGGAGGCAGAAGCUCGGGCUCUCAAUGGGACAGUGCGAGUGAUCAGAGUCAGCGGUUUCUGUUCCUCAGAAUCAUCCUGUGACUCUUCAGUCAGCUCUGAUCUGGAGUGGGAUUGUGAAGAGGCAAACACCCGGUGGAGUGAACCAACAGCAAAACAACAGGGGGGGCAGCAGUUUCCACUGCAAGAGUGGCCAAAAAACCCCAAACCUUUUAACAUCUGUGCCAUGUUUGACCUCCCACAGGGGGAAGACGUCUCUUCUGUGAGCUUUGCAAAAUGACAAACAAAUAUAACUCCAAAUAAAUAUUGUGAGUCACAUGUGGUGCAUUGAUUUAAGGGGAAAUAAAAAAGAGCUAACACUUACCUCUUAUCUAUCUUAUUUCUACUCAAGAGAUUAGCUAAAGUGUGAAUAAUAAUAAUGUAUGUCUAAUGUAUGUGUCCCAUCACCCCAAUAGGAUAGUGUUGGUUAAAAUAAUGGUGAAAAGUGCUUUUGGUCUUUUGGUUGGUAUUGUUGCAUUCUAGUUGCAUUGUGCAGCAUUGUCUAGACCAGUGGUUCCCAACCUUUUUCUUGAGGGACCCACAUUUUUACCAUUGUAAACUUUGGGGACCCCCCCUCUUUGGUUUGAGUUUUUGCCGCACAGUGAUGUGACACAUAUCUUUGUAAUCAGCGUAGUUUCUGCUUUCACGGGACACCAAGUUUGUGUGGACUUUCGCUUUUAAGAGGUUACAGUUUAACCCUUAUAUGCUUAAUUACUUACUUUUACCAUUUGUUGUGAGCUUGUAGAUUCACUUUUUUUCAAAUUUAUAGGUAUAGAUGUAUAUAUUUAACCCAUUAGAUUUAUUACACCCCUUAAAAUCCCCCCCGUGGAUCUUUGGCGCCCCCCUGGGGGGGUCUGGCCCCACCGGUUGGGAAUCAGUGGUCUAGACUAGAGCUCAAACUCUGUCCUGACUGCAUUCAUCAAGCCCUCUGAGAACUGAGAUCUGUUCGGACGGUUUACAGAAAACACCUCCCCUAAUAAAACAAUAUUGCAACCCUGUUGCCUUGCAGGGUUAUUGGGUCAUAUCCUGUAUUUUGCUAGUAAACCCGGGUUAUCAGGGCUGGACUGGGGAAAGUCCCGGCAGAGCAGAUAAGCACCAGACUAGACGACCAGGGCUCCUCUGUCCUCUCCAUCAUCCCACAGACCUCUGUCCAUCUGCCUGCUCCAGGGCUUUAGUUGACGAUGCAGGAGCAACAGACUGGGCCAUUUUUAACUGAAGGGACUUCCUAAAACCUGAUAACGGAACAAUACACAGAUUAGAGCAAAGUUAUGGAGUGCAAUUUACUCCUCCCUGUUACAUUUCCUCCAGUGACAUGUCUGUAAGAGACAAAUGACUGGGAAACAACUAAUGAAGGGUAACAAAGCAAUUGCUGAUAUCAGCAGGAGAAAUUAAUGUAACCUAACACUUUGUUUGGCAUGUAAACAUGACACGAUAGGUCGGACUGGGAGAUAAUUCAAUAAUAUUGUUAAUUGAAUAUCAACAACAUCAUAUUGAGAUAUGAUCUUAUCAUGCUAUUUUUCAACCAGUUCUGUUCAUGAAUAUUAUUUUUAUUAUUUUUAAUUAUUUGAUAUAAAUUAAUGCUUUUGUUUAGCACAUGAAAAAUAGGUCCUGUAUUUUUUUACACUGAAAAAAGUAACUGCUUUCAUCAUUUUUUUGGGAUCAUUCUAUAAGUGGUUUUAAAUGUGUCAUUUCAUGAAAUCGCUAUAAUUCUGCAAUAACAUUUUUAACCAUGUUGUCCAGACCCCUUUAUAAAGAAAU